AUGUGGGUGAAGGGAAGCCAGAUACUCAUCAUCACCACGGACAAGCCAGCGCGCUCGGACAGCUCGCCGCCGGCCAGACGGCCGCCCGACAAGAAGGCGUCCGUCCGAGACAAGGUGUUCGUCUGUCAGGUGUGCAACCGCAGCUUCGGCUACAAGCACGUGCUGCAGAACCACGAGCGUACGCACACGGGCGAGAAACCGUUCGAGUGCAAGGAGUGUCACAAGCGCUUCACGCGCGACCACCACCUCAAGACGCACAUGCGCCUGCACACGGGCGAGAAGCCGUACCACUGUGUGCACUGCGACCGCCAGUUCGUGCAGGUGGCCAACUUGCGCCGCCACCUGCGUGUGCACACUGGCGAGCGGCCCUACUCCUGCGACGUGUGCAAGUCCAAGUUCUCCGACAGCAACCAGCUGAAGGCGCACACGCUCAUCCACAACGGCGAGAAGCCGUUCCAGUGCGUCGAGUGCCUGGGCUCGUUCCGGCGUCGCCACCACCUGGUGCAUCACAAGUGCCCGGCGCGUGACGCCGCUGUACCGCCGCCGGACGAGGCGCCGGACGAGCCGGCUGACCGUUCGCCGUUCGGCGCCGACUCGUCCGAGACGCGCUCCGAGAACGAGGCGAGCGUGCUGGCGCCGCGCUUCCACCUGGCGUCGGCUCUGAUGGCGGAGCGACCAGAGCCGGGGCGUAACGGCCUGCGGCUGGCGGCUCCCUGGUUCGGCCUGACGCCGUUCUUCCGCGGCCACCGGCAGUCCGCCCAGGAGGAGGAGGAGGAGGUGGGCGACAAGGAGGAGCAGGAAGAGGAGGAGAAGGAUGGCCUCGCGCCGGCGCGCGCCUCAACAGACUUCCUCCGCCGGCCAGCGGCACCCCUCUCGGUAGCGGCGCUGACCUGUCUCAAGACAGGCGCCGGCGGCCGGCGCGGCCGUUGA